GGCUUAGAGCUUGUAUAGGACCAUCCAUAGGGCAACACAUGAUGGGAAGCAGCGAGUAGACAAAUACAAAUAAGUGCAGGGGAAUCAGAGACAAAGUCACACAGACUAUAAUACUGGUAAACUCAGCUGUCAACUCAAGCUGACCAUACAGGAGUUGUUUCCUGACCCACAAGAAACAUUUUUUGCAUGAUCUGGUAAGAAAACAGGCCUCCCAAAUAAAGUAGAACAAGGCGCCAUCUAGCUAUUUAAACAGGAAUCCUCUUUGCCUUAUUUAUAUUACAUUUAGGAUCAAGGAUUUCUAAUCAAGAUAGGUGUGUCCAUCAUCCACUUAGUUUACAGUGUGAUGCGCAUUUAAUAGACUUGUAAAAUGGCUGGGUGCCUGCGCCAUUUUACUUCUGUGGGAGAUGACACAAAAAAAAGGGAGUGGAAGCAAGAAGAUGUAGAAGUGGCAUAUGAAGAACCACUGAAGAAUACUCCCCAUCCAUUCAUAGCCUCGUACAGUUUUAGGGGAGCCCUUAAAUGGCUAUUAAGCUCCCACAAAUUUCAGAUUGUGAUUAUUUGCCUUGUAAUCCUUGACGCAUUAUUUGUACUUGUCGAGGUUCUUCUGGAUCUGGAGCUGUUAGCUGAAAAAGUUGACCACAUUAUACCCGAGAUAUUUCACUAUUUGAGCAUUUCUGUCUUGACCUUUUUCAUUUUGGAAAUUGCUGGUAAAUUGUACGCUUUUCGCCUUGAGUUCUUUCAUCACAAGUUUGAAGUAUUCGACGCAGCUAUUGUUGUGAUCUCCUUCAUCAUUGACAUUGUCUAUAUCUCUCGGGAAGAUAUUUUCAAUGCGGUCGGACUACUGAUACUGCUUCGGCUUUGGAGAGUUGCACGAAUUGUGAAUGGUGUAAUUGUGUCUGUGAAGACCCGAGCAGAGGAGAAGAUGCAUAAGCUGAAAGAACAGAAAGGGUCACUGCUUGAGAAAGUUGCACAACUGGAGCAGCAAUGUGCCCAACAGGAACAAGAGAUUGGCAGACUUCACAAGUUACUGCAGGAGCACAACGUAUUUCCUGCUUCCUAAGAUACGACUGUUUCCUCGGCUCUAGAUGCAGCAAUAGCAUUUGCUUUUGGGACCUUACAGUUUGUUUUAUGAAUACAAUGUGUUAAGUGUUAAACCAUAGAUAUCAAUAAUCAUCUUUAUUACAAAAGUAGAUAAAUACAAUUGAUUUUUACACAUUUACAGAAGUUUAAAAAAAACAAACAAACUUUACCCACGUCCAACCAAAAAUGUGAAUCGUAUAAAUAUCAGUCCAGUGUUUCGGGUUUUGGUAGACGCUUCAGAUACCGUGAGCCAAAUGUACUCUGAAGUCAACUGUGGGGGUUAAAAAAAAGAAAAAGUAUUCAAACCUGCAUUUACAUUUAAUAAGCUUGUUGCAAUGGCAUUAUAUAUGUAUGAGGUUAGUGGCUCAUAGGGCUGUUUCAGUUGUUCAGGGUCUCAAACACAUAAUGAAAACAUCCCUCCAUGGAUUUACAUUACAAACUUAUGUCACAUACGUAGAAGUGCUUGUAGGGUCAUUGCAACGUAAGUCUAUGAAGACUGUUUCAAGUGCUUCAAUUAAUCAGUUUGGGCUGCUUAAAAUGCAACUACCGAUAACAGUCUCAUGUGCCAUUGCCCUAAAGCAGUGAUCCCCAACCAGUAGCUCGUAAGCAACAUGUUGAUCUCCAACCCCUUGGAUGUUGCUCCCAGUGGCCUCAAAGCAGGUGCUUAUUUUUUGAAUUCGAGGAUUGGAGGCAAGUUUUGGUUGUUUAAAAACCAGGUUUCCUGCCAAACAGAGCCUCAAUGUAGGUUGACAUUCCACAUAGGGACUAAAUGGCCAAUCACAGCACUUAUAUGGCACCCCAAGAACAUUUUUCAUUCUAUCAUUGCUCCCCAACUCCUUUUACUUCUGAAUGUUGCUCACGGAUUCAAAAGGUUGGGGAUCCUGCCCUAAUAGUAAGGAGGGUCAUAUAGGCAUAUAGGGUCACUCCUUAAAUAACACCAACAAAUGAAAGUGUUUUAAAGUAAUGAAAAUAUCAUGUAGUGUUGCCCUGUACUGGUAAAACUUAUCUGUUUGCUUCAGAAACACUACUAUAGUUCAUAUAAACAAUCUGCUGAGUAGCAAUGGUGGAAAUUGAAAAAAGUCUAUAUGGCAUAGGUUAAAUAGUGGAUAACAGAUAUUACCAUUAAGUUCUACAGAGCUUAUCUGCUGUGUAACCUGAGCCUUUUCUCCCUUGAAUAGCUGCCCCCAUUGCUACACAGCAGCUUAUUUAUAUAAUCAAUAGUAGUGUUUCUGAGGCAAACACAGCAGAUUUAUCAGUGCAGGGCAACACAGCAUUAUAUUUUUAUUACUUUAAAACACAUAAUUUUUUGAUGUUACAGUUCCUUUAAACCAGAUUCUUAUAGAGGGACAGCUUCCAUAACAAAAUGACAACAAAAUGGCAUAAGACUAGUGCCCCAUGGGGUUGGUACUCGUCCUGUGAGAGCUGUUUUGCUGGCAACCGCUUGUUAGAAUAGGCAUUUUUGCACUGAACAUCCACUCAAUGUGUGUGCACCUAGGCCAAUGUAGUGCCUUUCUGUGCAGUCACAGGAGCAACUGAAGCCAGUGAAUUGUCUCAUUAAAUAUAAGCUGAGAAUCAGCCCUGUGUGGCAUUAGCUUUAGGCUUUUCCUAAAUUACUUCUAGAGGCCAGAUUUCCCAGUACAUUCACUUUCCCUCCACAGAAUCUACAAAGGGUCAUUCUAUAUUAGAUUGUUCUGUUUACUUUGUUUCCUGCAUAUACCUGUUAGCACAUCAAUGCAUGAUUUUAAAUGUUUGCAAUUUCCAAAUUGUAUUGUGUUCUUAACCAUUUUGUUUGCCUUGUUUGUUAUUUAGUUCUAUGAAAAAGUUGAAACUUUAUUAAAUAAUACAUUUUAAAAA